AUGAGGCACACUAGGCGCGUUCGAACGAAACGAUCAGGUAUGACGUAUCAUAUAGGUCACGACCAGUCUGCAUACAGCUCUAGAUCUCGAGAUUACAUAGGGCAAGGAGUAAUUGUCCAUUGGAAAGGAUUCAUCCUCGACUCUAGCGGAAGGGUUAGCAGUCUUGGUUCUGCAAUAGAAAAGAUUUGCAUUGAGAGGAGACGUAAGGUUGCAGUAGAAUAUUAUACUAGCGCAAACUGA